AUGCCCGAACCAACUCUCGACGUCGCCACCAUCCGCCAUGGUCUCGACACUCUUCCCCAGGAACUCUGGGAUAAGAUCUUCACCGAGGUCUUCACCGCUACUCCCGGCAACCGAACCAUUGUCUGGAAGCCGCACGGCAAAAAGGAUCAAGUCCAACACUCUCUCCUGGGCGUCUCACGCUCUACUCGUGCCGCAUUCGCUCAGAACUACUAUGGCGGCGGUAGCUCGUUCAGUAUCCCCGACAACUGGUCGGAGGUGGGAUAUUGGCCAUGGAGCUUACCGAAGGAACACUAUGAUCUGAUUAAGGAAGUCUAUGUUAAUAGACGACCUUGGGUUGGGUGUCGCUAUUGGAGAGGGCCUAGGCCCAGGGGAUAUUAUCGACUUUUGUGA